AUGAAUAGAAUUAGUUUAGCAACAAUCGAUGUAGGUACUCUGCAGCUUCGCGUAAUCUACUUGAUAAAAUAUCAAUAUGUAAGUACGAUGUUGAUAGAAGACAGCCAAUGUAUUCCAUUAUACUUGGGUGCUGAUGUAUUAAAAUCAUCCAGCAUCAGAACAGAGAAUUUACCUCGAGUUCAUUCAAAUUAUGCAAAAGAGGGUCUAGCAACUAAGUUAACCAUGGAUAAUAUAAGCAUCAAAGGCAUCCGUGGGACCUCCAAUGGUGUAUGGUUUUAUAGUAUUCAAGGUGUCUUUAAAGCAGCCUUCGAACUCUUGUCCAGAAGUUGUCAAAAAUCUAUAUUAAUAAGUUUACAGGAUACAUGGCUGGCUAGAGAGCAUGAUCUAUCUCUGACUCAAGAUCUACAUGUCCAACUCAUACCAGCUGAUCAGAUUGGCUCCAGUCCAAUUCGGAAUAGUAAUGUUGAAGCAAGUUAUACACGUCCUGAUAAUAUAACAUCAUUUAUUGACGCUAUCGUUAAAGAUAUAUGCUCUAAGUUAAACCUCUCUAUCCCUAGCAUAGCAAUGAAUACACUAGAGAAAGUUCUCGUUGCUACCUUAGUAUUAUUCUAUCAGCAAAAGUGGGAAGAAAUUCCUUGGAAGGUAAUGAUUGAUUAUGCUAACAAUAUUGUGAACAAAAAUGACCAAAAGUCAGCUCUACAGUCCUAUUGUGAAUGGAUAGGCAAAGUAUUUCAUACUAUGCAACCAGAUGUAAAUGGCGUUGUUGAUAGUUUUAAAUCUAGGCAUAUUCAUUGCAUCGAUGAUCUCCCUCCAGCGAGAGAUAUCAUCAAAAUUUUCCCGAUAGAAAUGAUUGUAUUGUUGCAAACAUGGAUGGCCAACGGUAAUCAUGAUAUCAGCGAUGCAAAAUGGCCUAUCGUGCAAUUAGUAUUAGAAUUUUUAAAUCAAACACUAAUUACAGGUGUAUCACAUGUGGUUUAUUCAAAGUUAGUGGAGCAUUACGACAGCCAUGAUAAGGAAUGA